ACGCCAUAUCGUCUAUCCAAUUCCAUUCAAUCCAUACCUCCUCCCUCUCCCUGCAAAUCGCCCAAAUUUGCCAUUGGUAGUCGUUGCCUUGGCCGCAUAAUGCUUCAAUCUUCAGUGUUGUGCAACUCUGCUAUCUCAAUUACCACUACAAUAACAUUUGCUCUCCCAACCACCACCGCCACCACCACCAGUAUCAGUCAUAGGUCGGUUCGAUUCAAGCUUCGAGCACUCCUCAACAAACCCUCGUCUUCACUCCCAAAACACGUCAAUAAAUCAUCCGUUGUUCACGACAGUCUCAGGCUUCUCGAAUGGAACAAGCUCUGCGACUCCGUCGCUUCCUUCGCCGGCACUUCCUUAGGCCAAGAAGCCACAAAAGCACAGUUGUGGUCGUUGAAUCAAACCUACGAAGAGAGUUUAAGGCUCUUAGGCGAAACCAAUGCGGCUGUGGAAAUGCACAAUCACGGUGAUUGCGUCAUGGACUUCAGCCGCAUUGAUGUUAUAUUGGUGAAAUCUGCUAUCCGAAAUGUCCGAAGACGAUUGCCAGUGGAUGGAACUGAAGCAGUGGCUAUAGUUGCUUUGCUACAGUUUGCUGAAACUUUGCAGUUGAAUCUCAAAGCUGCAAUCAAGAAAGACUCAGAUUGGUAUCAGCGAUUUAUGCCUCUUACAGAAACUAUCAUGGAAUUGGUUGUAAAUCGAUCAUUAGUAAAGUUCAUACAGCAAAUCAUAGAUGAAGAUGGCUCUGUUAAAGAUUCUUCGAGUUCUACCUUAAAACGGUCUCGCGGUCAAGUGCGGUUGCUUGAAGAAAAGUUGUACCGGUUGAUGGACAGCCUAGUUAGGACCAAAUUGAAAGAGACGUCCUCUAUGGAAGUGAGUAAUAUUGAUGGAAGGUGGUGUAUAAGAUCGGGGAUUGAUCCACCUACAAGUUUUGAGGGCCUAUUGCUGUCCAGUGGUUCAGGUGCAGGAAGCAUUAUAGAACCGCUCUCUGCUGUUCCAUUAAAUGAUGAGUUGCAACAAGCAAGGGCUGCAGUAGUAAAGGCUGAGGCAGACAUGCUCUUAAAAAUAACAGAGAAGUUGCAAGUGGAUAUUGGUGACAUUGAAAAUUUAUUAAACAGCAUUCUUCAACUGGAUGUGAUCAAUGCUCGAGCAACCUUUAGUCUUUCUUUUGGAGGAACAUAUCCUGAUCUAUUUUUACCAGAAGCCAAGGAUGGAUGCCUUACUGCUGAAGCCUUACCGGAAAAACAAGCUUCAAUUGCAUUAUACCCCACUAGGAGGAAAUGGGCAUUGUAUCUCCCAAAAGCUUUUCAUCCUCUAUUACUUCUACAAUAUCGGCAAAAUUUGCAGAAGGCCAAGAAGGAUGUCAGUAAUGCUACUGCUGAAAAUAGAAGGAGAAAACUGAGAGGGGAAAAUAUUGCUCAGGAAGAUGAAUGGGAAAUUUCAUCUUUAAAACUGCAGGUUACCAAAUUGGAACAAGCUCGCCCUGUUCCUGUUGAUAUUUUUGUUCCUCAUAAAACUAGAGUUCUGGUUAUAACUGGCCCCAAUACUGGGGGCAAAACCAUUUGCUUAAAGACAGUUGGGUUGGCUGCUAUGAUGGCAAAAUCAGGUCUCUAUGUAUUAUCUUCUGAACCUGUAAUGAUCCCUUGGUUUGACUCUGUAUUUGCUGAUAUUGGUGAUGAACAGUCCUUGUCCCAGUCUCUUUCUACCUUCUCUGGCCAUUUGAAACAAAUUAGUGACAUACAAAAGCACUCUACAGUUCAGUCAUUGGUGCUAUUAGAUGAAGUGGGUGCAGGGACAAAUCCCCUAGAAGGAGCUGCACUCGGGAUGUCAUUGCUGGAGUCUUUUGCUGAAACUGGUGCUUUGUUGACAAUUGCUACUACUCAUCAUGGCGAACUCAAAACCCUCAAAUACAGUAACGAUGCUUUCGAAAAUGCAUGUAUGGAGUUUGAUGAAGUGAACUUAAAGCCAACUUAUAGGAUUCUCUGGGGAGUCCCAGGACGUUCAAAUGCAAUCAAUAUAGCUGAAAGGUUAGGACUGCCCAACAUAAUUUUAGAUAAUGCUCGUGAACUGUAUGGAACAGCUAGUCAAGAGAUUAAUGAGGUCAUAAUGGAUAUGGAAAAGUUUAAGCAGGGUUUACACAAGCAUAUUAAUGAAGCACGGCAUUAUCUGAUGCUUUCAAGGGAUCUUCAUCAAAAUCUACUGGCGACUAGAACGAAGGUCAUGGAACAUGGCAAUGAUCAAAGAUACAAGAAGAUGCUUAAAAUAUCUGAGAUGGCAGCAAUGGGACGUUCUAUCCUUCACAAAAAAGUGCGACAGGUUCGUGCAUCUGCAACACAAGCUCCCCAGCUUAGUGCAGCAAACAACAGCCAGCAUAUACCAGCAAUUAACAGCCAGCGUACUGCAUCAGAUAAUAGUGAACUUUCUGUAGCAGCUAAGACUCUGUACCGCAUUGAUAGUAUCAAGGAUUCGCCAUCAGAGAGGAGGGCUAAACUUCCCAAAGUUGGUGAUAUGGUGCACGUUUCUUCCCUUAACAAAAAAGCAACUGUCUUAAAAGUGGAGCCAUCUAAAGACGAAUUGGUAGUUCAAGCUGGUAACGUGAAGUUGAAGUUGAAAUUAGUGGAUGUGGUAAUCUGAAAGACUCAGGUGCCGUCCAUUUCCUGCAUCUACGUUCAAGGGCAUUCUUGCUUUGCAGUGGAGAUCCAGAGUUUCUGAUUGGUCUCUAAUUGGCAUUGUUACAAGUUGAAUAUUGCAGGGAUCAAGUUUGACAUCAACGUUAGCCUACAGAAGCAGAUAUACUGUUACAUAGAAAAUGAUGAGAAAGGGCCAGGAACGCUUCAAAGUGAAUCAUAGGCUUGAUAAAACAAAGGGCUUUGGAAUUUACAGGGAUUGUCAUGGUUUGGAGUGUAAGCAAUGACCAUGGCUGUAGAAUCCCAUGACACGAAAGGAGAUCCAUGGUGGGACCAUGUUGAACAUCGUCAUCUUGUAGAUACUUAUGGCCAUGGACGCAAAAGGAGUGACGGUGUUCAUCUUACAGGCUUUAACCAAAUCUCAAGUCAUUAGAGGUUUACCAGCAUAGGGCAAGAGUCUUUUCUGAGGUGACUCAGAGGCUUCAGGAGCUUCGUACAUGAGAUGUUUAAUGGAAGAAUGUGUUACAUAUUCAAUUUUAAAUUGUAUGGUACCAACCCUUGUUUUCUACAUAAAUAUAGAAUUCUAUAUCUAGGAAGAAAACAAAGGUUGCUACUAUACAGGUUUGUCUUGACUUGUACUUUUUUGCAUACACGAAAGAUACUGAACUUGUCACAUCUCUCAUCGCAGUAUGAAUACUUUCAUAGUCUCUUCUUUAUAGUGUGUGAAAAUUUUUAGAUGGUCCUGAGACCAAUUGAUUUCGGUCAAUCACUGUUGAACACGGAAUUAAGUUUAUACAUUUCUAACACC